GCUUCUGGUGGCGGUAGGGAACUGGCGGGGGGAGGCGGCAACAUUGUUUCAAGUUGGACAAAUUGACAAGAGCGAGAGAUACGCUGCGUUCCAUCCCGACCUGGGGCCGCGGUGCAGGGCCCUGUUUCCCCCUCCUCGGCCCCCGAGAGCUGGGUGCCGCUUUCUGCUGGGUUCCCAGGCCCCCGCUCCAGGGCCGGGCUGAUUCGACUCGCUAGCGCUUCAUGGAGAACUUCCAAAAAGUGGAAAAGAUCGGAGAGGGCACGUACGGAGUUGUGUACAAAGCCAAAAACAAGGUGACGGGAGAAGUGGUGGCGCUUAAAAAAAUCCGCCUGGACACUGAGACGGAGGGUGUACCCAGUACUGCCAUUCGAGAGAUCUCUCUGCUUAAGGAGCUUAACCACCCUAAUAUUGUCAAGUUGCUGGAUGUCAUUCACACAGAAAACAAACUCUACCUGGUUUUUGAGUUUCUGCACCAGGAUCUCAAGAAAUUCAUGGAUGCCUCUGCUCUCACUGGCAUUCCACUUCCCCUCAUAAAGAGUUAUCUGUUCCAGCUGCUUCAGGGGCUAGCUUUUUGCCAUUCUCAUCGGGUCUUGCACCGAGACCUUAAACCUCAGAAUCUGCUUAUCAACGCAGAAGGAUCUAUCAAGUUAGCAGACUUUGGACUGGCCAGAGCCUUUGGAGUCCCUGUUCGUACAUACACCCAUGAGGUGGUGACUUUGUGGUACAGAGCACCUGAAAUCCUUCUGGGCUGCAAAUACUACUCUACAGCCGUGGACAUCUGGAGCCUGGGCUGCAUCUUUGCUGAGAUGCACCUAGUAUGUACCCAGCACCAUGCUAGGUGCUGUGGGGAACACAGAAGAAAUGGAAGACACAGUCUCUGCCCGCUGUGCUCCUAUCUAGAAGUGGCUGCAUCACAAGGAGGGGGGAUGACCGCAGUGUCUACCCCACACCCCGUGACCCGCCGGGCUCUGUUCCCUGGAGAUUCUGAGAUCGACCAGCUCUUCCGGAUCUUUCGGACUCUCGGGACCCCAGAUGAGGUGGUUUGGCCAGGAGUUACUUCCAUGCCUGAUUAUAAACCGAGUUUCCCUAAGUGGGCCAGGCAAGAUUUUAGCAAAGUUGUGCCUCCCCUGGAUGAAGAUGGACGGAGCUUGUUAUCGCAAAUGCUGCACUACGACCCCAACAAGCGGAUUUCAGCAAAGGCAGCUCUGGCUCACCCUUUCUUCCAGGAUGUGACCAAGCCAGUACCUCACCUUCGACUUUGAUGGCCUUUGUGAACCCUACCCCUCGUCUCACCCUCUCCUCCAGUGGGGGCCUGAUCUGGCUUGGCCCAGGGCUCUUAGCCCACUGUUCUUGUCUAGCUGCCUUAGCACUCACCUGCUCCUCUCAGCCAGCCAACUUUGGAGAAACAGGGGGUAGAGGGGAGCAAUAGGUGAAAUUGAAAGGAAGCUUCAGUAUUAGAUGCACUUAAGUCAGCCUCCACCACCCUCCCCCCCUCCUCUUAGUCGUUACUUAUGAGAGCUGGUAUUUAAAAAAAAAAAAAAAAAGACUGACUCUUUCUCCUCCCACCACACAGGGAUUGCCAUCCAGUCUCUGAAAGCCCAGAAAUUAUUUUCUGUGUUUGGGAGACCCCAAAUCUCCUGCAGCCAUUGCGUAAAGCUAACUGAUAACAGCGGGGCUAAGUUGGAACUUUUGAAACCCAAGCAAAACAGAAACAUAGGGAGGGGCCUGUUUUAAAGAAUUAGGUUAAAAAAAUAGAUCCAACCAGUUUAUGCCCUAGUUGUAGUGUUUCAUCUCACCUAACAGUCUGGGAGAUUCAAGACUCCCAGUCUCUGUGGUGCUAGUGAGGCGGCAGUAGAAAUGAUUGCUCCUAGUCUUCUUGCCUGUCCCUCCUACAGGCAAGAGGUGUCUGGGAGGCUCUGGGACAAAGACAAUGCUUCACUGAGGCCUUAAGAGGCAAGUGAAAGAUGUUUGAAUUUUUCUCUUCCUUUUAAGAGUCUUAGUUCUUCAGGUGCUAAGUCCUAUCUUCCUCUGAAGGCCACCCUCAUAAGAGUGAAAGUUAAGGUUUAGACAUCCUUUUGAGAAUGCUGACACUUUUUUAGGGCUGUGACUGAGUGGGGGCAUUGGGGAAAAAAUAUUUCUUUAAAAGAAGGAUGAACAAUUAUAUUUAUAUUUCAGGUUAUAGUAGUUUUUUAAGUGAGAAUGGGUGGAUUUGUUGCCCUGUGCACCUUGGGGUUUAUAAUGCAAAUGUUUUUAAGAAAAAUUUUUUUUCUUUUUAUGAUUUUGUCUCUUUCCUCCAACCUUUUGUCCUUGAGUGUUCUUGCUGUUAACAUUAUUUGUAAUUUAGUUUAUAAUUCAUUAAAAAAAAAGUUCUUAGUUUUAUA